GAGGAUCGCAUCAUGACCAUCUCUGGACCGGAGCAUGCUGUUGAGAAGGCGGCCGAAUACGUCAUGUCGGUCAUCGCUGGCACCUACGAUAUCAACCAGGCCGUGGUGAGGAUGACGGCGCUGGACAACAGCUCUGGGGCUUAUUUUAAUGCUCAAGCACAGCAGUUUGGCAAUAUGCAGCAGCAACAGGCUUGGGCGGCCUCCCAGUAUUCACACUGGCCGAACGAGCAAGCUAUUGCUCAGGCGGCUUACCAGCAGGCCAUGGCUGAUAUGGCCGCUGGGAAGAUACGCCAGGCCGCUCCUCCUGCUGCUGCUGCUGGUGGCGGGACUACCUCAGCGGGUUCGACAACAGUAGCGGCACCUGUGAUGGAUCCCGCUACUUUGAAACAGUGGAAAGACUACAUCGGGCAGUGUGACAGGGCAAUAGCUGAUGCCCCUCAGGAGAAGAGGAAGGAGAUGAAGGACUAUGUUGAUAACCUCAAGAGGCAGUAUGGGUUGACGGACGCUCUGCUCCGUGAUGAUGGUGAUGAGGCUGAGGCCAAGGAGCAAGCAGCAGUAGAUCGACGUCUUGCCGGUGUGGAUAAGAGUACCCCUGCUGCGGUUACCGCUGAAAAACCGACGGAGUAAUACGAUGAUAUUUCUAUUCUUGUGUAGUAUUGUUUUCAAGA